AGGACGUGCUGCAGCUACAAGGGUGCGAUCAUAAGAGCAGACAGAGGGGGAGGCAAAGGAUCCCAUUCUUUCGAGAAAGCAUGUGGCAGACAGUUGGUGAGUGGCUGUGGUGGGAGCGUCUGUGGCUGCCAGCGAACAUCUCCUGGUCUGAUCUGGAGGACAAUGAAGGUCGUGCGUACGCGAAAGCCUCUCAACUCUACGCUGCUCUGCCCUGCGCCCUCUGCUUGCUUCUGGUCAGAUACUUGUUUGAAAGGUACCUGGCCACGCCACUGGCUGAUGUUUGGGGGAUCAGGGACAGGGUACGCCUGACAGCAGAACCAAACCCCAUCCUAGAAAACUACUUCUGCAGCCGAGCACGGGUUCCGUCACAGGCUGAUGUGAGGUCUCUGUGUAAAAAGACAAGUUGGCCAGAAAGAAGAGUUCACGUCUGGUUCCGGAGGAGGAGGAACCAGGAGCGACCAGGGCUUCAGAAGAGGUUCUGUGAGGCCAGUUGGAGAUGUUUGUUUUAUUUUUUUGCAUUUGUCGGCGGAGUCCUAGCUCUCUAUGAUAAACCUUGGCUGUACAAUCUGAAGGAGGUUUGGGCAGGCUUCCCUAAACAGUCCAUGCUGCCAUCUCAGUACUGGUAUUACCUCUUGGAAAUGGGCUUCUACCUUUCUCUGCUCCUUAGCCUCACAUUUGAUGUGAAACGGAAAGACUUCAAAGAGCAGGUGAUUCAUCAUAUAGCCACACUGACUCUCCUGAGUUUCUCCUGGACUUCAAACUACAUCCGUAUUGGAACCCUUGUGAUGGCAGUUCAUGACUCUGCCGACGUUCUGCUGGAGGGUGCAAAGGUAUUCAACUACGCCAAGUGGCACCAGACUGCCAACGCCAUGUUUGUAGUUUUCACGGUUCUCUUUAUGGUGACAAGACUGGUGAUUUUUCCUUUCUGGCUGAUCCACUGCACAUGGGUGUACCCGCCGGAGCAGUUCGCUCCAUUCUUUGGCUACUACUUCUUCAAUGUCAUGCUGUUGCUUCUACAGAUACUGCACCUCUACUGGGCUGCUCUCAUUUCACGAAUGCUUUACAAGUUUAUCUUCAGCAAGCUGGAGGGUGAUGACAGGAGUGAUGAAGAGGAGGAUGACAGUGGCUCACCAAAGGAAAGAAACCAUAAAUUGAAUCACAUGAAUGGCUCUGGAGCCAGAGGCCGAGCCAGUGGCCACUGACGCAUAAAGACAGACAGAAAAAAACAAAGAAAGAGGAAACUGGAUAGCAGACACAUGGACAGAUUCAGUGUGGACUGCAGUUGUUAGAACCUUAUUGCAUAAAAAAAGAGCAAAUACACUUGAGCAGAGAAUACUGUGUUUAUAGGAACUGUGAAGGAUAAUACGUAAACUAGCUGGAAACUACAAGGUUUCUAGAGUUCUCUGAAUUCAGGACUUUGAACAACAUAUUAUUUUGUUCUACUCAUA